AUGGAUUUUCAUCAAUGGAGAAAUAUCCUUUUGAUUGUUUUUGCUCUUGAUGUUUGUAUGUAUAUUUUGCUUCCAUCCCAAACGUCUGCCCACAGCCAUGAUUCAAAUUCGGGAAGCAACGACAAUGAGCACGAAGUAAAAAUCGGCGUUCUUCUCCCUAUGACUGGUUAUUGGCCGAUUGGCAAGACUUCUGCCUCAGCAAUAACCAUUGCUGUCGAUCGAAUCAACCGUAAUCCAAAUCUUCUACCAGGCUAUAACAUGACAUUCCUGUGGAAUGACUCAAUGUGUCUUGCUGCAGAAGGACUUAACCAAGCCGUGGAGUUCAAAAUCUCGGGUGUUGACGCGAUUAUUGGUGACGGCUGUGAUAUUAUUUGUGAACCGGCCGCCAUUUUAGCCGCCUCGUGGAAUCUUCCAAUGGUUUCUUGGGGAUGCGAGUCGUCAAAACUCUCCGAAAAAACAAUCUAUCCUUCCUUCGCAAGAACUGUUGGAUCCUUUUCGAAAAUGGGCGAUCUAUUUCUCUCGGUUUUUCAGUAUUUCCACUGGAAUAGCAUUGGAAUCCUAGCUUCAACCGAAAGCAUUUGGCAGUUGGCUAUGACUGGGCUUAUGAAAGUCUUUUUACAGAAUGAUAUUGAUAUACGGUACCUGCGAACUCUGAGCCCUGGCCAUGUUUUAGUUACAGAGAGAGAGGAAUAUAAUAGUAUCCUAUCGCGCGCAAAAGAGACCGCAAGAAGUGAGUAGGAUAGUGAUUGUUAAGGGUUUGAACCCAGGGGCCAUGUCAUAAGUACGUGUAAUAUGAUGAGUACAGUCCCCCUAAAUCAGUGGGACUGUUGUUGACUAUGAUAGAUGUUUCAAAAAUCCAUUCUGUAGUCCUUCACAGGAAAGCACUAUGGCAAUUGGUGACUUCUGAAGAGUUCAAAGCGUCAGUCACUGAACAUGUCAACAGGAAUAGUUCUAUUCGCUCGGAAGAUCUUGUUAUUUUAUACCUAUCUUGAGUGAAAUACACUGUUUUUUUUCCAAUGUCAGUAUUCAUUAUUGCAGUUUUCUUUUUGGGUCUGCCUUUUCUCAUAAGUAUAUUUACGGACAAGCCGGUCUCACAAAAAUAAAUAAAAUGACAUGAAUCGAGUGAAAUUUACCACUAAAAUAUCUCAAUUCCAUUAUCGGUGUACAGAUAAACUAAAUUGGUAUGUUCUAUAUCAGUUUCCUUUUUUUGGCUCUUUCUAUACUCUUCUAGUAUUUCAUGUUCCUUUUGACUUGCUUGUCGACGCUAAGGACUAAGAUAUACACUGAGAUUAAAGACCUCCAGUAGUUCGAUAUUGGCAAUGUCAUGCCGUAGGCAAUUAGCUGCAAUUGGUUUUAUCAGACUGGCCUUGAGAUACAUUUCGUAUUUCCUUGCAUUUCAGUUUUUGUAAUUCUUUGUUACGGAGGUGAUAUGCGUGCUCUGAUGCUACAAGCUCUGGAUUUUGGAAUGUUGAACGGUGACUACGCAUUCUUAACCGUCAACUUGUUGCCUUCUGCCGCCAUUGGAAAUAAUACGUUUAUGGGAAAUGACGGACGCGAUGCUGAGGCGGCGUUAGCGUUUCGUGGAAUACUGAGUAUCCACGUGCGUGAGCCCACCACGACCCUGUGGCAGUCAUUUAAAGAAGAAGUCAGGGAAAAAAUGAACGCUUUCCCGUUUUACAUAAAACUAGAUGACAGUGAACAGGUAACGCAGCACCCCUUCCUUUGAUAUCGCUUACUUUCAUUACAAAAUGUAUGUGAAACAAGAAAGAUGGGAUUGUUAUGUUGCGAGCAUGCGCAAUAGGCCAUUUCCGAGUAGCCUCAAGCCUCUGUUUCAGAGCGAGGCUGAGUGCGAAGCUAUUGAUUUGAAAAUGAUUUUUUUUACUUUCAUACAAAUAAAACUCAUUUAUAAUUAGUGAGAGAAAGUGAGAGUUUUUGGAACCCGGAAAUAGCUCACUGCACCCUAAAGACACAGAAGACAGAGCGGCCGCAAUGUUUGUUAACCAAGAAAUUUGGGGGGAAUUUUCAGAAAUUUAUCCUAAUCACUUUAAUUUGUUUUCAGGUUGAGGUGUACGCCGGAGCAAUUUACGAUGCUAUCUAUUUGUAUGCUAACGCUCUCAAUGAAACUCUUGCGGCGGGGGGCAGUAAAAAGGAUGGCCGAGCAAUCGUACAGAGAAUGUUGAACAGAGAGUUUGAAGGUAAGAAAUUGUUUUUGCACGUGUGAGAGUUACCUCGUCUCUUCUCCAUUCUCCGCACGGCUUUGCAUAUGUGUUAUUAUACAGAGUGGUUGAGCUCGCGUAGAGUGCAUCGCCCAAAAUUUUUUACUAGUAUAAAUUUAUUAUUAUACAGAGUGCUUGAGCUCGCGUUACGCUCCUCGCCCAAUUUUUUAAAAUAGUAUAUAUAUGGUGUUUUACAGAAUCAUUGCUUUCGCGCGUGAGUUCUUCGCCUUUUUUUUUUUACUAGUAUAUAAGUGUUAUUUUCAAAUAAGAUAAUGUUUUCACUGAGUAAAGUUGUUCGCACAAAUUUAUUUAUACAGUACUGUCUGACUUUUUCGCGAAACUCGCAUAAGUGUAUAUACCGCCAAAGCUUCACUCGCUCUAACAAUCCCGGCGGCUGCACAGGCUACAGUUAAUGAUAAUGCUUUGUUUAUAGUGACAGUGUACUAGUCUCUCUAGGUUGUUUACUCCACUCAAGUCAACCGAAACCCUAAUACGCAAACCUAGCCCCCGAAAGCCGCUUUCUUGGCUAGAGCAGCCUGCGUUGCAGCUGGCCCACGUAUCGAGUAAACCCACUGUUGGUAUAGUCCGUCUCGAUACAGAAAACAGAGAGUCUGCGACGCAGGCUAAGCUAGAGUGCUGUUUCUGACACUUCGGAAUCGGGAAGGGAGGAACAAGGGCGUUUUUCUGUAUCCGAGUCAAGAAGUUAGCCAUGACUGAAUCGGUAGUUUGUGUUCCUGUCCUGGGUCCCUGAUUACGGAGCUUAUGCAACAAGACGACAGAAAGAAGAGGGUGAGGAGGAGGCUGUGAGACAAACGUGACAGGGAUAACUUGCGAGUUUAAUAUUUUGUCGUGAUCUUCACUUAGCCUUAUUGUGUUCUGGUUUUCUACAAAAAGAUCUGUCUAAAGUAAGGUGAACAUAUUGUCACGCUUGUCACAAAACUUCUCCCGUCUUCUUUCCUCCGCCGUCCUUUUACACAAGUUACUUAUCAGGUGACUUAUAUCAGUACUAUCGAGGACUUGAGCAUUAAGAAUUGAAAAUUCUGAACGUAAAAACUGUUUGCUUUCACCUCAGGGGCGUCUGGUUUGGUUCGUAUGGACAGUUCUGGUGACAGAGAACCAGACUAUUCUCUUAAAUAUUACGUGAAUGGAAGUUUUCAAGGUAUCGCUGAUUACAAUUAUUCAACAGGAGGCUUCAAUCUUAGAGGUAAGCUUUAUUCUGUGGGCAUCUCUCUCCUCAGUCCGCAGAGACCUCUUUUUGUCAUUGGGAGGCUUGAGAGAAGAAUAAAUAAAAUGGCGCCCGGGGAUGAUGGGAAGGGGAAUUUAUUAUUGCUAUUUUUAUCGAAAUCCCCAGCGGGAACCUCUGCGGAGGAGAGAGUGUGAGUAUUGUUUACUGAGGAAUUGUUCUAACGGUAAAACACGUCUUGCAUUUCAUCGGGUUUGAAAUGCUCUAAACAACUAAACGUAUUUUUGGCAAUUUAAACUGCAAACACCUCGAAUUCACAUGGACGUUAAAUAGACAAUCGUACAUUUUGAAGCCUGCGUGGGGGGCGUAAAAAGCGGCGAGAAAGGGAAAGAAAAAAGGCGAAGGGGAAAAUAAAGACAGAGGGUCCCUUCUGUUGUACUUUUUUGCUUCUCUUAGCUCAGCUCAGUCAAGUCUUAAUUAAUAACAUGAAUCAUCAUUGAACUUACUGUGACAAAUUUUGAAAUUUCCAGAUGUAAGGGUGAUUUGGGCAGGAGGUCGUACCACCCCUCCUUUGGAUAAACCAAAGUGCGGUUGGGAGAAUGAACUCUGUGUCGAGCAAGAAAAGAAAGGUGAGACUGACGAGGCAGUAGCGAUAAACCGAGAAGAGAACUGGGUCGAGUAAGCUUUCGCAAAGACGUCUGGGACUGUCACUGGGGAUGAGCAAAAAAACGUCCAAUAGAGAGGACAAGUGUGACGUCACGUUACUAUGGUACCAAAAUUUCUGGAUCACAACAAUAGAGAGCUUUGGCAACGGCAACAGCGACGGCAACGAAAAAGGCAAAAAAACAACAGGUUCAUAUUUGCAAAACAACUUCGCACGUGCAUAAUUAACAAUUAGUUCAUGCGGCAGCGUGCGUAUGUCGAGAUAUUGAGCACGCGGGAAGUUUGGAGAGCACGAAAGAGGCGUAAGAGUUGCACGAGGCGCAGCCGAGUGCAACUCUAGCCUUUUGAGUGCUCUCCAAACUUCCCAAGUGCUCAAUAUCUCGACAUACGCACAGCUGCAGCAUGAACUAAUUGUUUUAUAACAUUAUCAAAGCGAUCAAUGCAGCAGUUAACUGAAAAUUUUAAGCAGUACGCGUUAAUGAUUACGUGACUAUAUUUUUUUUCCUCACAGUUAAUCUUAUGUUUUUAUCCUGAAACUGAGAGAAAGUGUACUCUAAAAUGAUUGCAAAAUCCAUAGUUAGGUGCCGGAAAACUUUUAAUUUACCGAAAAAUUGUUAUUGAGAGAAAACAACUUUGCAAAGAAUGAUCUCACGCCAUAGCCCGCACAGCUCGCCGAGAUGACAACAACAACAACAACACUCACCUCUUUUCCUUACUAUCGGUUAACAAAUUCAAACCUUUCCUCUUAAAUUUCCUUAUAAAACACAUGGUAAACGCUUCAUUGUCUAUUGCUGAGUUAUGGAUGCACUCGGGAGACUCAGGAUUGCUAAGCUCCCAACAACUCGAGGAAUUACGAAUAGUUUAUUGACGUCAUCAGCGUGCUCAAUAGGAAUAUGAAGCACGCUCGCGCUAUUGAAUUUGAUUAGGCGAAUUUUCUAGCUAUGUUAUAACGCUUUUUUGUACAUUUCUUUGCCAUCGUUGCACGACUGCGAACAUGUAACUUUAUCAUUUCACGCGCCCGCUUUAUGGAGUGGGUGAACGAACCACAAAAAUGUUCUUGUUCUUUUCAGUAAACUUAGAUGCAGUCCUUUCGGGUUCAACCCAGAAAAUUUCGCCAACAUUUGUCAAAUUAAAGUUUGAAACAGUGUGAAUUCACUUUUUAAGUGACAUUUUGGGUUUGCAGUCAUCCAGAAAUUUUGCUACCAUGGCAACGUGACGUAACGACUUCUACUCUCUGGCGUCCCCAGUAACGAUCCCAAAAACAAUGGCGGGACACAUUUCGGCUCCAGUCCCCUUCUCGUUUCAGUCGUUUCUAAAGUAACGAACUUGAAUUUUUUUUCAUUGUUUUAAUAAAAUUAAGAUACGAUUUCAGAUUUCAGUGGUCGCCUGCCAGUGGUUGACAUAAGUAAAGUCAUUUUGAUGAUGUUUAAUGAUUAGUUGUUCUAUUUGUUCUAGCUGCCAGAUUUGUAAACGUUGUUAUAGGAGCUUCUACGGCUGGUGUUGUUGUGCUAGCGUUCAUGUUCUUUAUCAUCAUCAGGUAAUUCCUCUACCCUGCUUACUGAAUAGAGUAUUUACUCCUAUAAAAACCGCUUUUGGCAGUUUUCAAAGAAAGAUGUAGGCUUGAAAUUUUGUUUCACUUCUUUUACAUUUCCCAGAAAGCUCCGAUAUGAGACAGACUUAGCCGAGAACAUGACGUGGAAGAUCAAAUAUGAAGAUCUGAGUAUAAAAGGACAAGAACAGCAGGAAGCAAAGCCCGUGGGAAUGCUGGCGAUUUUUAACAGGGCCACUGGAUCAGGACCUACCGGCCAUUCCAUGGUAGGGGGAACCACAUAAACAGCAUAACAUUGACAGACUGUAGGACUUUUAAAAAAAUGUGUACAAUAUAAGGCCUGGCGAAUUCACAGCAGAUUUUUUAGCAGCAGUUGAAUUAGGGAUUAUCACAAGGAGGAGGAUCUCCGUUACCUAAGCUAUAAACGGAUGUGCAGUGCCAAAGGGUGUGGUUUUCGACCCCUUUUGGUUUCAAAUUGGGUGUAUAUUUUGCCUGAAAUAGGGUCCGGUUUUGCGCCCUUUUUAGCCACGUUCUGGAAUAGGCGUAAUUUUUUAUUAUUUAUCUCUUAGUGAGAACAGCAAUUCAGGUCUGAAAUAGGGUCAAGGAAAAUUGCAUAUUUAGGUGUGAAAUAGCGUGAAGUUUUCAGAAGGCAUGCUGCACAUUCCACAGGAAUUUCCAAGGAUUUCCACCCAGGGAGGGUUACUGUGUGGUAUGUCUCAAAGUUUUGUGGGAUCUGCUUAUCGUGAUUUUCACGAUAUUUCCAACCAUUCGCGAAAGUAAGAAAUAUCAUAUCCCGCGGAAAUUUACUGUUGCCGAAAAAGGUGAAAGGUAGAUAAAAAUCUCCAAAAAGAAUCAGUCACCUUUGAUUUUGCAAACAGUCACCUUAAUGGAAAAUGUUAUGAGGGUCUUAUAAUUGCGUUUGUAUAGACCGUUAGUCCAUCGACCACACAGCAAGGUCAGAUAUUACGUCGUAGUCAAGCCAACAGUUCGACACAAUCCCAACCUGAUGAAAACACACGGCAAGUUUACACUGUCAUUGGAGAUUAUCAGGUGAGUGGUGUACAUUUCACACAUUAGACACGAAUCACUGAAAAGACUGGAGAGAUACUUGGAUAGAUGAAUCUGGAAAGGACUUCUAGACAGAGAUGUUGCUAGAGUCGAGUAACAAAAGAGCUCGCUGCAUGUAAGAUAGCAUUUGAGUCUAAACUCAUUCCGACUGCCCGUCAUCAUUUGCAGUUGUUGUUACUUGUCUUUGUCUUCAUGAGUCCUCGUUGGUUUGAGGUUCUUGGUUCCUUGCGCGCCAUAAAACAGCCGUGUAACCUCGCAACCUCGUACCCGGGUCUCUCCUCUUCCGAUCCUUUGGAGUGCGCAAGGGGCUGGGUAGGAGAUUGGUGCCCUCUGUCUUGAAAGCUUGUAAGACAAGCCUACUUACAGCCUUUAAAAUGGCCUGUAUGGCUUCUGUUUUUUCCCUCGGUUUUUCACCUUCUUAGCCUUUAAUUUCAGGGGCAGCCAGUGGCUGUUGAACGCCUCAGAAAACGCAGUGUCCAACUGACGCGAGAUGUUCUCAUUGAGUUAAAACAGGUAACUAUUUACUUUCGUCAUUGACACCAGCUUUCGUUCCCAGGGUAUCUUCAAGGAAUACUUGUGCGAGAGAACCCUGGGAACGAGGUUGUCUAGGUGCUUCUGAAGUGCGUGAAAAUCAUGCAGAUGCGCAGAGUGUCGAAGAAAGCUAACCUAUGCCACAAAACCACGUGCUCUUCAGUGCUGGAACAAAGAGACGAGACAGUUUCGAAGGCAUGUUUGUCUUGACGCAAAGAGUAAAAUUAUAUCGCAAGUCAAAUGGCACUACACCUUUUGGUUUCUUCCCUCCGUUUCCCCUUCCCUCCCCCCUGCCUCCUUUCAUUCAGUUCCUAUUUCCUUUUUUCCUAUUUUUUUAAUCUGUUGAUCAUUUUACUUCCUCUCCGUUCAUUUCGUGAAGGUGCGAGACUUGAGCCAUGAGAACUUAAAUCCGUUCAUUGGUGCCUGUAUCGAAUCACCCAAUAUCCUUCUAGUGUGGUCCUACUGCAAGAAAGGAAGCCUACAGGUCUGUACAUGUUUAUGACAAAGUCUGGAUAGAACUAUAAAAAAUAAGGAAUUAGAAAGUGAGGAUUACCUUGUAGUAAAACACUAACGCCUUAGCGUCUUCAGUGCACCAUCUCUCUAAGUAAACAUUUCCCUUGGUCGACUAGCAUCUAACAAAAACAAGUCAUACUCCACGAUCUAAUAUUCAACACGAAUUAAUUGCAAUGUUGCUUGGUUCAUGGUUUACAGGAAGUGCUGGCAAAUGAAGAGAACAAGAUUGAUCAUGCUUUCAAGUUGUCAAUGUCUAUUGACAUAGCAGCGGUGAGUAAACACCAGGCCAAGUGAUUAAACAAUAACUUGAGGUGACUACGGGUGAACAGUGUUUGACCAAACGUCCCAUAAAGAAAGUCUACGUUUUAGAGAAAACGUUGUAAGAUUACCAGUGCUCGACGAGCCAGGCUUUUUGCCUGCCCCCAGAGGCUUUGUGAUUGGUUGGGUAUGACGACCCUUGAGAGAGCAUGGCCAAGUGGCUGGAAUUUAUCUUGGUCUCCCUUAUACUACUUUAGCUUUCAUCUAAGUUGGGAAAAGGUGAAUCACAACGGGGUGAAUGGCGCAACGUUCCGCACUUGGUUUUCCUCAUUCUUCCUGCUCGACUCCCUCGCCGCGUUAUUCGCCUUUUUUUCCAACCCAGAAGCCUAGUCCCAGGCUAGUGUAAAAGUUUUAGAGAGCAUGUCGCACAUCACCAUUUGAUUUUCCCAGAAUACCCCGAUCCCUUUGAGAUACAUAUCUUGAAAGAGACAGGGGUUACCUUAAACGGAAACUUCCUUUGCAGGGCAUGAAGUAUCUGCACAACAGUCCCGUCAAGUUUCACGGUAAUCUUACCUCUCGUCAUUGUAUGAUCGACAAUCACUGGGUAGUAAGCAUCACAGACUGGGGGCUGAAUAAAUUUAAAGCGGGGCAAGAAAGGAUCUACACGGACACCAACAAAACCAAUGAGGGUAUGUUUGUGAUUGACUAUAGCCCGUGAAUAGGUCAGGGGUCAAGUGGGCGUGGUCUCCUGAGGGGUUACGAGCCGUUUCGAUACAAAGUCGUUUUGAUACAAGUUUACUCAGUCGAGAUGAACAGUUUCACGCCAUUCGCUUGAAGAACGAAGAAUAUUCACUCAAAAUGUUCUUGUUGUUCACGCGUAAACCAUACUUGAAGGGAACGAAAUUUUUGUGCAUUCUCACAGCUUGAGUUCGUAUCGAAAUGACCGGUUUCCUCUCUAAGGAUGGAUGGGUAUGCCGUUUGGCUAAAGUUUCGCACAAGGAGCCUUCGUUGAAGCGAAACUUAGUCAUAGGUUCGACGUCAUCCACUCGAUAUGUCUUUUCUUGUUUGUCAACUCCAACUAAAUGGUAAAUUAAGUUUACUCGCAUUAAUAGGCGUUGUUUUGUUAAUGAGAGCUCUGCAUUAGUUAUACAUCAUUGGAUGUUGCACUCUAAGGUAAUUUUGAUCGACGUCUAACAGAUCUGUUAUGGACAGCGCCAGAACACAUUGACUUCAACAAGGGCGAAAAGUCUGGGUUCUCACAAAAAGGUGACGUGUACAGCUAUGGAAUCAUUCUUCAGGAAAUCUCAACUCGAUGCAAACCAUUUUUGGAUUGCAAUCUGGACUGUAAAGGUAAUCUAGCUAUCAUUACUCCUACGUCUAAACGUAAACCACUUAUUGUUAAAUGUAUCUUGCCAUUGUGGCCGACGACUAUUUUUGAUUUUUCUUUUGACAUAAAACAAUUGGACGCCAAUACACACUCGCGUAACUCCGAUACACACGCGCGUGACUUAAUGUUUUCAGAGAUCAUUCAGCGUGUAGUGGCCUAUGAGGAUCCUCCUUUUCGUCCAGACUUGACACGCGUGGAUGUGAGGCCGGAAUUUGUGGAUCUGAUCGUGGACUGCUGGUGUGAUGAUCCCGAGGAACGACCGCAUUUUUUUCGGAUUGUUGAGCGGCUCAAGAAGAUCAGUGGCAGGUCAGUGGUAUUGCAAGUCAUUGUAGAGGUACUGGACACUACAUUGCCCAUUAUUAGGUUGCGCAGGAGACUGGGUCGGUGUUGUGUCGAAUUGCACUGUGGGGCUGUUUUGGCGGGAAGACUAACUUUGACACAAUUAUACGCAUACCUUCAAAAUGGUCAAUACCUUGCACAAUUCAUUUACCAUUUCUUAUUUUGGGAGGGAUUUCGUACCUUAUGAUGCAAGUUGUAGUGUUCAUUGAACGCUAGAUAACGUGCACUCUUCAUUUACCAUUUCUUUUUCCUGAAUUUUUUUAUACAGGGUGAGUUUUAUAUGAUUAUUUGGGUACAACUUUGUACCAAAGCUUUUCCUUUUUAAGGAAAGGCAUUUUCUAAGGGAAACCGCUCUAGGGACAAGGUUGUAUUUGGGUGUACACGCACACACCUGCACACACGAAUAGACUUAUUGUCCAACGGCUUUACAAUCUUGGAGAGAAAAGGGAAGGAUAUUCUCUUUAACAGAAGCUUCCAUUUUGGCGUUGAAUUUACUUGAAACCCAGCUUUCAACAGCAUAGCCUCUGUCGUAGUGGAAACAAUUUAACAUGGUUGAUUGGUUCUUUUAUCUCUGCUUUCUUCACAGAGGAUCAAACAUUAUUGAAAACAUGGUGUCCAUGAUGGAAAAACAUGCUAAUCAUUUGGAGCAACUUGUAGAGGAGCGAACAAGGCAGCUUAACGAGGAGAAAGAACGAACUGAUAAACUGCUGAAUCGUUUGCUUCCACCGUAAGUUUAACUUGUCGGUUCGCUACUAUUUUAAGGUCUCAUAGCUUCCGUUUAGUUACUGCACGAUGGAGCAUUUGAAAUGUCUCAGUUGCAGUGUGUGCAGAGGAUUUCCUCUUAGCAAGAGAAAACACCCAGUGUAACCCUUGGGAUAUGUGAAUUUCAUCAAAGUUAUUUUUAGAUCAAUAAAAAGCUUUUAUUUGCCGCUAUACCUUGUCUCGCACAAACCUUCCCAUUCUGAAUCUGAUUCUUCCUGCUUUGUUAGGAUGGUCGCCGAGCAACUUAAGAUUCAUGACUCUGUCGAAGCUGAGGAAUUUGAAGAAGUCACCAUGUUUUUCAGCGACAUUGUUGGAUUCACCAAGCUGGCAUCUUGCAGCAAACCUAUUGAGGUAAGUUUCCGUGGCUUCCACACCCAGAGCUCUUAGGUUCUUAUCUUUGUUUCCUUCCUUUUUAUCAACCAUGAUCUUUGGCCUUCUUUCCUUGACAGAUUGUGGACUUCUUAAACGAUCUUAACGUUGCGUUUGAUGAAAUCAUCACACGAUUUGACGUCUACAAGGUCGGUGUAGGCCAUUUUAGAGCCUUUAUCUUGAGCCAUUUUCACCCUGAAAGCUGCUGUCGAAAAAUAAUGAUGACGCAUGUAUCAUUUUCUUUGGUUCUCGAUCAUUUGUUGACCUUCUUUUCUUGUAAAAAACCGCUUUUUUCCUUUUUUCACGCGAUUGAUUUACAAACAGACGCAGGCAAAAACUACAUUAGUUUUGUACACAAAAAAACAGUGGAAACAUUAACUCAUAAUUCAUUAACAAACAAUUUUUUGUGAUCCACAAUACGUUAUCUUAAACUGAAGGGCAACCUCAUAAGAAUUCAAUCCUUACACCGGAUGAUUUGUUUCCUCCAGUCGCGGUAGAUCAUCUAUUUUUCGUGGUAAGAUGAAUUGAAGUACAUUACUCUUUCUUGAACUGAUCUUCCAUCUAGGUGGAGACAGUUGGUGAUGCGUAUGUUGUUGUCAGCGGUUGUCCGAAGUUAAAUGGCAUCAAGCAUGCAGGGGAGAUUGCCAGUAUGGCGCUGGAAUUAUUAAGUCAUAUGUUUUUCUUUCGUUUGCGGCACCUUCCGGAGCAUCAACUGCAGCUCAGGAUUGGAAUACACACAGGUAUAUUAGAGAAAAAAAAUUAUUUCACAAAAUGUUUGGCCACCGAAAAUGGAAAAUGUUGCUGUUGCCCCUUUCUUGCAUUGCGCACUAUAUUUAAGCCUUCAACGCCGAACCUUUGGCGGAAAACUAUGUCAGUCAUUUUGUUGGUCCUUUGUUUGUUCAGGUCCAGUGGUCGCUGGUGUGGUUGGUAUAACUAUGCCUCGUUUCUGUUUGUUCGGACACACAGUUCACAUUGCAUCUAAAAUGGAGAACUUUGGACUGCGUAAGUAUUCUGGCAUUGUGCGAAGAAAAAAAAACAUCUUUUUCAGUUUAUCCACUUUUUUAGGAUCUUAAAUGAAAAUAAAUAGUGUCUCUCUUCCGACGCAUAAGUGCAUUGGGUGAUUCACAGUUGGCCCUUUAAAACCGUUAUUUAAUUCUUCUGAUUCUUUGCCUAUUGUCAAAGGUUUACGGUCGUUUCGCUGCAUCAUUAAGUCGAUUCGCUGCAAGCAAGGACUCUAGGUAUGUAGAAGCUCAAAUUUUAUUAUAAAGUGAAUCAACUUCAUGGUGCGGCAAAACGACUUUACAACUAAGAAGCGAAUCGACUUCAUCAUGUGGCAAAACGACAUCACUUUAUAACGUAGCGAGGUUCCUUAAUCAUCUUCCACUCGUAGUGGUGGCCAAAGAUGUAAUUCGUUAGAAAAGUUUCAAGUCUUAUUUCGUAAAAUACUGAGCAUUGUGAAAGUACUGCUGAAGAGGGUCGAUUUGGAUGGUCACCUGACCAUAGGAUUCUUCUACCCACAGGAUUAUAAAUUAGAACUGCAUAUCCUAUCACGAAUUGUGUGACUAACUGAUUCUAUAGUUCCCUAGAACUCUUAUGAAGUACAGUGAAACCUCGCUUUACGGACACUCACUUAAUACGGACACUUCAUUUUUACGGACAGUUUUCUUUGUCCCUGGGGAAAGAAAGCCCAUUUAUUUUCUCUAAAUUCAAUCCGCUUAAUAGGGCACCUCUUUAAUACGGACCACGGACACCUUUUAUAACCUCUACAGUGUCCGUAUUAACGGAGUUUGACUGUAUUUUAAUUCCAUUUCGCGGCUGCAGCUCUUCGCAUUCACGUAAGCCGUGACUGUCACUCAAGAUUGGUGGAGUUAGGUGGAUAUUAUCUCAGUGAGAGAGGACAAGUACAGAUCAAGGUGAGAAAUAAUCAUGUAGCAGAGCAUAGGGGAGGGGAGGGGAUAUAAGGUAGGCUCCCCCACCCCUCACCCCUUCUCAGAAAGCAAAUAGCUCUUCUUAUUACAGUAAUCGACUGAAUGCAAAGAAAAUCUUGAGGGAAUUUUUGGAUAUCGAGUGUUGAUGGAUAUGUUUUUCGAACUUAAGCUUUAAUUCUCUUUUGUUCAUUUGAGAAGCUCAUACGCUGUUUCAUCUGAAAACUGUAAAUCGGUCUAUCGUGUUUCUUUUAAACUUACUUCUCCAUUUCAAGAUAUGGUAUGUCUGAAGAGAGUAUAGUAUACUUGUGUUUGAUGUAUCGUCUGGCAUCUCAAAAUUUCUCUAAACCCUGUCCACCUCCAUGGAGUUGUUUUUGAUGCUAUACUUAAAACUCCUGCAGUAAAAUAUUAAUGUAGAACAGUGUAUUUUGUUGUAGAACACUAUUAGUAAUGAUGCAACUCGCUUUUAUUCCACAGAGACUUGGUCUUGUUACUACUUAUUGGCUUGUUGGAAAAGAAGGUUUCGACAAACCCCUGCCUGACCCCCCUCUGGAAACAUCCGAACCGUUGUUUGAAACACUAGAUGUCUAUUAUGCUAGUUAA